GUCACGUCCUGUCCCUGUCAUUUCCGGAGAUGACAAAACACUGCACAUCCAAUGGAUUACUAAAUGACAGUAGCUGCUAAGCAUUUCAACCACUAAAAACCGAUUUGAUUAUCAAAACGGAUAUUCGUGACGUUUUUUUGUUUUUUUUGUUCCCAGGCUAUAUAUUUGCGUCGGUGUCCACAAAUGACUGUCCUCCUAAAAUUGAUGUUUUCAGGUCUGAAUAACUAAACUAGCUAGCUAGUUUGCUAGCUACCCAAUGCUAGCUGCUUAGCUGAUACAUUUCUGUGACCUAAUUUAGCUAACGUUAGCUGGCUACUUAGCGAUACAAAAUGUGUUGAAAAUUAAGCUUUGGUUUGGUUUCUGUGGUUAAAAAUAAUAUUGUUUUUGUGUGUCGUCAUUAGCAUUGCCGGGAUGUGUUUACUUAUUCCUUUGCAGGCACGACUUUACGCUUUGAAUCAUUUGGCUGUACUAACGUUAGCAGUAGAAGGUCAAUAUUGUUGAUGACAGCUAACUAUAGUGGAAUACUUCUCAACAAACCGCCUAUGCGCAAUGAGAUGUAAAGCUACUGUUAGGCUAUUCGAUAUGAGAUGUAAACAGAGUGGGAGCUUCAGCUAUCCAGAUUCACAGUUGCUCAUUAGUUAGCUAACUAGUCAUUAGCUAACAGGAAAAGUAGCCAUACCCAGUGUUGGCUGAAGUUAACUUUACUCGAUUCUCUCCAACAAUGAUUAAGUCGAUCACUACGAAAACACCUCAAUAAUAACAGCCAAUACUUGGAAAUAUGGAUUUCAUGUGGACUUCAGCCAUACUACAAAAUCACCUGAUUCUACUUUCAAAAUAACCUUUUCAGACGACCGUCUUAAUUUCAGAUUUUUGCUGACAGGAUAACUUUCAUGUUUUGUUUUGGAGAGUAGGGGUUGGCUUUGGAUCAAUUGUUGAUUUUUGCAUGUGUUAUAGUUAAUUUUUUUCCAAAUAAUAUCCUCUCACAGUAGAAAAUGAAUGGCCUAUCUGUCAGUGAGCUAUGCUGCCUGUUCUGCUGCCCUCCCUGUCCGAGCCGUAUUGCCGCCAAGCUUGCCUUCCUGCCUCCUGAGCCUACAUAUUCCCUCUUGCCGGACCUCGAUGGAUCUGCAGCCCCAGGGACAGCAGGGUCAGCGGGGCUGAGAUCCAGGGGAGGGGUACCUGGAGCAGCUGUAGGGGGUUCAGGCAGCACUGGUCCUGCAGAGGGAAAAUGGAAGCUCCACCUGACAGAGCGAGCUGAGUUUCAGUACUCCCAGAGAGAGCUGGAUGCUACAGAGGUGUUCUUCACCCGCUCCAGCCGUGGCAAUCGAGUGGGCUGCAUGUACAUCCGCUGUGCCCCCACCGCCAGGUUUACAGUGCUGUUCUCCCAUGGCAACGCGGUGGACUUGGGCCAGAUGAGCAGCUUCUAUAUCGGCCUGGGCACACGCAUCAACUGCAACAUCUUCUCCUACGACUACUCCGGCUAUGGUGUCAGCACGGGCAAGCCUUCCGAGAAGAACCUCUACGCUGACAUUGAAGCCGCCUGGCAGGCCCUGCGCACACGAUAUGGCAUCAGCCCAGAGAACAUAAUCCUGUAUGGGCAAAGCAUUGGCACCGUUCCCACGGUCGACCUGGCAUCACGGUAUGAGUGUGCCGCUGUGGUGCUCCACUCCCCCCUCACCUCUGGCAUGCGGGUGGCCUUCCCAGACACCAAGAAGACAUACUGCUUUGAUGCUUUCCCCAACAUUGAGAAGGUGUCUAAGAUCACGUCACCGGUGCUGAUCAUCCACGGGACUGAGGACGAGGUGAUCGACUUCUCCCACGGUCUGGCUCUGUUCGAGCGCUGUCCCAAGGCCGUGGAGCCACUUUGGGUGGAGGGGGCGGGACACAACGACAUCGAACUGUACAGCCAGUACCUGGAGCGCCUGCGCCGCUUCAUUGGCCAGGAGCUGGCCGUACAGCAUGCCUGAACACCCCCACACCGCCUCCAGGCUCCAACCCUCCUCUGGCUCCCCUCUGUUCCUCUGGGUCUAAGUGGGUCAGGAGGAAUGGAUGGCUGGGCUCUCAGAAUGAAUGAUCCUUCACCUUUUGGGGCGACUUUGUCUGGAUGCUCGGCAGCCCUGUCUUUUAGUUGUUUUCCUAUUUUUCUGUCUCUGUCACCUGUCAUUAAUCCUGGUCAGAGAAUCUAGUCCACCUCCCGCCCCUUGGACAGUGCAAGAAUGCACCCAGGCAUGGAGGGCUCUCUACCUUCUGCCUGUUUUAUUUCUGUCUGUCCAAAGCCCCUCUAUUACCCCAGGCAUGGAGGGCUCUCUACAUUCUGCCUGUUUUAUUUCUGUCUGUCUAAAGCCCCUCUAUUACCCCAGGCAAAAACAACCUCAAACAGGCUAGGUGUUCUAAACACAUGUACUGUUUAUCAUCUUCUGAGACAUUUACACAUGAUUCAAUUUGAACUAACAACCCUAACAUGGGCAAAUCAUUGAGUAAUGAAAGUCUGUUUUGAGCACCGACAUUUUGGUAUUUAAUUUGAAUGGGGAAUGUGUGUAUUUCUCUUUUCUAACACAACGAUGACACUGAGCCACUACUUUACAAAUCCUGUGGUGUUGACGUAUGAGUAUAACUGUCCUAUUUGAAAGCAGGUUUGUUGCUAAUGUUUCUUGUGGAAUCUUUUUUCUUUGCUCUCUUCUCUUUCUCUCCUCCUGUCUCUUCCUCUCUGUCUCAUUUUCAGUUAAGCUGUCAGAUUAAUAGUCCAUGUCUAUGAAUAAUUUCUUUCAUAGACAUAAAUCUUACGUUUUUAUAAUUAUUAAGCAUGGUUUAAUUUUUAUCUAAAAAGUGAUUAGAGCAAAAAUCAUUUUUAAAAAGUUGCUGAAUAUUGCUUUGGCUAAAGUCCAAAAUCUCUCUGCCAAAUUAAUUGUUUCAAAAGCAUCAUUAAGUCGCUAACAUCUCUCUAAGAUGUGAUUGAUUUCUAACUCGGCAACCACUCUCAUGUUUCACUCCCUGAUUCAUAUUCUACAGUAGUUGUCCUGCAAUUGAUGUUAUGGACAUGUGAGUUUACCUUUAGAACACAAACUAAGUCCUGCCACGUUCUCUGAGUUAAGGAGGCAUUAGUUGGCCUUUACUCACACGGAAGUCAAUUCACAUCUUACUGGGUUUCUAUAUGGGAUGUUUUCCAAAGGCUUUUUAAAAUAUUUGUACGUGAUUUAGAGUUGUACAUAUUCAAUUUCACUUUAGUUAUUUCAUCCCUCUAAAAACACAAAAUCAUUGUAAAUUACUAGGCUUAUGCUGGUAAUGGCCAUUCGCAAGGUAAAUUGGGUCAGGGCAGUUGAGAUUAAGCUGGUUGGGUGGAUGGCGUUUUAACUGAACUUGCUGCUAAAGAUGAGGGUCAAAUGGAUUGAAAAGGGUCAAACCCUCCACAUCCAUUGUAUACAUUAAUGCUGCUUAGUUUGAGGGGAAAUGUUACAGUCAUACAUGUUAUUUUACGCUGUACAGUGGAAUGGAUCCAGUGAUGUACAGUACUCUCUGCUGGUGUCAUGUUGCAUGUUUGAUUGGUUGCUCUUUUGCUUCAUUUUAGGGGUAAAAGCACAUCAUUAUAACACUAGUAGAGCUAUGGAAUGAGAUGUGCUUUAAUUUAUUAUUCACUAGGUUUAUUUCCAGCAGGCUCCCUUUUCAGCUCCAACUAGCCCUUUUCACUGACUUUCUACUGUUGCCACACUAUUUCAGACAGACUUAAGAUUCCACAAUUUCUGACCGACUGUGUGAAAGUCGACCGAAUGCCCAACUUCUCUGGCAUACAGGGUCCACCACCACUCACAGGAUAGUGGAGGUCCUUUGUUUGGGUUGGGUUUUGGGGGAGUCAGGAUUACUUGUACACAGCAACCAAAUUUUAACAGUAAAUGUUCUGUCUUGAACAAAGCAUACCUCUUAUAUUGGUAUGUUCAUCAGAACCAAAGAAAGUCCUUCAUCACCCAUAGUACUUGGGUUUAUUGUCCAUCACCACAUAAACAGUUAGGGAACAAAAGUUGUGCGCCCUGAAUCAGCCAGGAUAUGCUCUUGUUCAAGCUGCUUAUAGUUUGGUUUGGGACAGCUUAGGCGUGUUUACUCUCUAUUAUGGACGAUUGUAUGGAGAAUACAAGCAAUACAGCAGAUUUGUGUGUCUGGGUGGCCUGAGAUAGGAGUGUGUGUAGCAGAUGAUGGACUGUACUUCGAGUGUGAGGAGUUCCAGACACACAUUCAGAGCUUUUGUUUAAAGAAACUAAGUUAUAUAAAUGUAUUUUUUAUUCAAAUGUAUUUACUAUAUUACAUUGUUUAUUUUUUUGCUGAGGGUUAGGAUCCAAGUGGAAGAUGGGGGUUGGUAUGUUAUUGUAUCCAGUUAUGCAUUGUUUAUUAUUUACAACUUUGUUAUAUUUAGUUUAAAAUGUUGUUUUCCUCACCCCCCCCCCCAAAAAAAACAUCUUAGAAAAUAAAAUAAUGAAUUGAUCAAA